AUGAAGAAAUUAAGAACAAUCAUUCGAGAGUCAAUCCCUACAUUAUGGAACUGGCUAUGCAACUUAAUGAACAAUAUGAGAAACUCCCUUCAUCUGAAAAUUUCCAGCACGCAGAAAAAUAAGUUCAAUAGACUUAUGGAGAAAAGAGCCGAAAAUGUCUGUACCACAGCAUAUCAAAAUAAUAAAGAUUUACUCCAGAAACCAACAAUUAAAAACUUGUCAUCCCGGCCUCUUUCUGCAUUGGAAGAAAAAUUACUCAACCUAGGACUGAACUUUUCUCUUCCCAUAAAAAAUGUUGGAAACACUAUGAUUGACACUGCAGCGACCCUGGAACUUCGAAUGAUGGAUAUGGAACUGACAGAUAAUGACAAAAACAAAAUCAGAACCGGAGUAGCAAGAAUAAUGGCCAAACACAUUAAAAAAGAACAAAUCCAACAAAGAUGGGAAAAGUGGAUAAAUAAUUCAAUCAGAUCCUUACUUCAAGACACGACAAUAUGUAUGACUAAAGCGGACAAAGGAAAUUGCGUGGUCAUCAUGGACAGAGAAACGUAUAGAGAAAAAAUGGCUGAAAUGAUCAUGUCUGGUCCAUACACCAUGCUAAACCAUGACCCAACCCCACUUCAUGCGAAAAACGUUGCAGAAAAGUGUCAAAUCUUGAAAGAAAAUGAGAUCCUGCCCGAAAAUAUUUUACCACAAUUAAUAGAAAAGAAUCCUCGAGCUCCAAUAAUUUAUGGUGCUCCCAAAAUCCACAAGUGCAACAUCCCGUUAAGACCAAUUGUGGAUUACAGAUGCUCUCCAACAUAUAAAUUGUCCAAAUAUUUAGCAAAUAUUCUAACUCCAGUCGCCUCAAAACAUGAAUUCUCAAUCAAAAACUCUACUGAACUCGUCAAGGAUCUAAAGAAAUUAAAAUCAAGACCAGGUGACAUCAAAGUUUCUUUCGAUGUUACCUCUCUCUUCACAAUGGUCCCAAUACCAGAGACUAUAGAUUACAUCAAAGAAAGAUUGGAAUCAUAUCCACAACUCGCAGAAUUAACAAAACUGUCCGUGGAAGAUAUCAUAUCACUCCUAAGAUUAUGUACAUUCGCUUCAUAUUUCCAUUUAGAAGAGAAAUAUUACAAACAAAACCAUGGGACGGCGAUGGGGUCUCCUCUUUCCCCCGUGAUGGCAGAGUUUUUCCUUCAAACCCUGGAAUUAACACUUAUCAGAAGCAACCCCCACAUCUACUUUUGGAGACGCUUUGUGGAUGACAUAUUGUGUAUAAUCAGACGAAGGAGAAAAGACCAAAUAUUACAAAUGAUCAACAAUUUUCAUCCAUCCAUCCAAUUCACAAUGGAGGAAGAAAUUGAUGAAAGAAUACCAUUCCUUGACAUUUUAAUUUAUCCUAAAAAUGACUUUUCUUUAGGCCAUUACAUUUACAGAAAACCAACUCAAACAUCCCGAUAUCUCAAUUUCCGGUCAUUCCACCCUCGUGCUCACAAGAUUGGUGUCAUCGACACGCUACUUACCAGAGCCAUCCAACUUUCAGACGUGGAACACCUUGAUGAUGAAAUCAAACUUACCAAAAUCAUACUAGAGAAAAAUGAUUAUCCUUCAUCUCUUAUUAAUAAUCGUCUGACCAGGGUGCGGAUAAAAUGUCAACAAGAUCAACGGGAAAAAACGGUUGACAUACAGAAAAGGAUCAUUCUUCCGGAAAAUUCAGUUCAUGAGCUUACUUUCCCUCCAUAA